AUGGGCAAAAGUACAGUGAAGAUUAAUAUGGGACAAAGGAACAAAAGAAAGCGGAAGGAAGAAAGUAGUAGUAAUAAGGAAAGGAAUGAUUCUAGUUCCGCCGCUGAUUCGGCCACUAGUAGUCCAAUCGCGACUCUCUCUACUCUUGAAGGGCGAGGUUUGGACAGCAGUGGUCUGGCUGGCAGUAGCAACAGAGCUACCAAUGGCGCUUCUGGUAAUUGUUUGGAUGAGUUGGACAGCAUCCUCGGCAGCUCCACUUCUUCGGCUGAUUUGCUGGACAAGAAAGACGCUGGCGAAGACACUGAUGCCGCAGAGCCCACUUCUAGUGUGGAUCCGUUUGAGCUUUUAGCAGCCUACUCUGGCACCAUUUCCGAUUUGGAUGAAGAGCCUCUGCCAAAUUUGCUGGCCAGCUCCAGUAUUGGUACCUUUGAGGAUGAAAGGGUCUCGUUUCGUCAAAACAUUCGUGACACUGGAGAAAACAUGGAUGAAACCGCUGACACCAGGUCCAUCCUUCUAUCUAAUGAUGAUAAGAGAAAAGAGAUCACACCAUCACUUUGUAUUGAAGAAGCACUCACAAGCGACGAAAUCACAGCAGACAGUGAUGGCCACAAAGUGAAAGGGGAGUACGAUGCAGACUCCAUGGCCUUCGUCACAACUGUCGUGAGGGACUUCCGGAUGUUCAACUCCGUUGAAGGGAUAAAGUUCAGCCCAACUCAUGCGAAUAGAGCGCCAAGGAACAUUCGAAUUGCCAUGCCAACAAGCAGCAGGAGGAACUUCACUCC